UCAUCACAACUUGUGGAGUAUUCAACUAUUGAGAUAAGAAACGUGUUAUUUGUCUCAAGAACUCAAAUCUCAAGGCAAUUUAUUUAUAACAUAAACCUUAUAGUUGAAAUCAAACGAACACAGUAAUAUUAUCAAAAGGUUCCUAAUUCCAAUUCACUAAAAACCCGCACGACAAUCAUCCAAUAUGUAUUAGACACAUACAUAUUAGCCCCAAGUGUCUUCACUUCAAAGAACACAGGAGUCUCCAAAGUAGAUUAAGUACCUUAUUUUUUACAAAUCAGUUAACCACCUUCCUUAAAAAACAUCUUUAAAACAAAAUGAGGAGAGAAAAAAAAAAAAACCCAAUUGUUGGAAAAUAGAGCCUGUGGAUUGAGGAAGAAUGGCACAGAGGUUCCAUUAUAUACUCUGAUGCAGAUUUCAGGGAAAGCAGUGUGUGCAUGUAAUUCCAGAGAUUAAGACAGAUGAAAAGAAAACAUCUCUUUCAAUUUUGUUUUUUUACUGUCUGAAAAAGAGUUCAUUUUUCGAGUCCCAAAUCUGCACGUUUCGUCUGCUGCAUUUGAAAGCUCCUUUUUACCUUUACAUCAUGAUCCAAUUUCAAGAGGAAAGAAAAAAACAUUCCCAGCUUCAUGAUUCACUAAUCAACCAAAAGGUUAAUCCUAAGACAAAGAGAGCUUCUCAUUAAAUAUGAAGUGGCAGACAAGUUUUGAGGAACAAACAAGUGCACAAGAGAGAUUCAUGGCUUAAACAAGGUUGUUUGUGGAAGUGGAUAAAUGAUUAGGCCAUUAACGAGCUGAGAAGAAAGAAAAAGAGGCUCCAAUGGCAUCUAAUGAAGUUUGGCCAUUGCAGAGAAGUCGCUUUCCAUUCCAUUGCAGCCAAAGCCAUGUUCAGAACCUUCAGAAAAGAGUUUACGUCUCAACCAAAACUUUCAUCCCAAUGAUUCCUCUAUAAUCACCAAUGAUCAAUCAAAGUAUAAGGAAAAAGCAAACUAAAAAGAAAAAAAAGAGAAACUGAUAUCAUCUAAAACUGUUUUCACAAAAUGAAAGAGAGAGGGACCAAAUAAUUUGGCGUGUAAAAGUGGAACUGCCCAAGAUUCUAUGCACUAAAAAAGAAAAGAAAAAUGGGAAUGGGAGACAAAAUGAAGGAAAACGAAAAGGCAUUGAGACCCAGCUGGAGAUUUGAGAUUUAUAUUCUUCACCACUCUCCAAAAAUGUAAAUUUUGGCCUUUUUUUCCCCCUCUUCUGAAUUAUCUGCAAUGGAACAGUAGAGUCAGUUCAUUUUCUUUCUCGUGUAAAAGAACAGAACGUUGGCUCGUUAAACGAGGGUGAUGUCCUUCCCCUUUCUUCUUUGGAUUAUUGCUUGUACUCGCUUGCUUUUAACUUCCAUCCUCCAUAAAAGAGAACUACAGAGAGAGAGAAAGAGGUAAGAAGAAGAACGAUGGGUCGAUUUUGAAUUAUAGAGUGGGCACUCAAUCUCUGCUGACUGCAGCUGAUACCCUUUUCUUUUGGUACACUUAUAAUAUUCAGGAUUCACAGUUUCAAUUUUUCUGCUACACUUUUUCUCUGUCACUCUUCACCCAAAUUCUCCCCCUCCCCACCCUUCCAAUUCAAUCUACAAAUUCUUCUCUCUUAAAUCUUCCCCUUAUUUAAACAACUUCUUCUUCUUCUUCUUUUUCUUCUUCUUCCAUACUUACCUUUACUCUUUAACCUUUGAACUCCUCUUCUUUCUACCUUUUCAAGUCUCUGAAAAGAUGGGCAGCCUUCAAAAUUGGCACAGAAACAAACAACACAUUUCAAUUUCCUUGCUCCUCCUCUCUGUUUCCAUCUUUGUUGAUGUCAUAUCCAUGGCUGAAGGCAGAGGAAUUCCAACUCCAUUAAUGGAGGGCAGGAAGGUGGAGGCAGCAGGCAGCUGGCCGGAGCUGCCGGAGAAAGUGGGGAUGAUUAGGAGUCAAAUAGGGUCACGGCCGCCGAGCUGCCGGAGAAGGUGCAGGGAAUGCGGCGGACAUUGUGAGGCAAUUCAAGUACCAGUGGCACUGCAUGACUCACAACAGAAUCAAAGGAAAAAAAGAAGCAGCCAUUUCCCUGCUGCAGCGGCAACAUCAGCAGGAGCUUCAAACAAGGAUAUGGCUCUCUCUAGUGAAGAUGAGACCUCUAAUUACAAACCCAUAAGCUGGAAAUGCAAGUGUGGGAACUUCAUCUUCAACCCAUGAUUUUUUUUGUUCCUUCUUUCUUCUCUGAAAAUUUUCUUGAAUAAAAACACCAACUUGUAUAAAGAUCAGAUCAAAAGCCGGAAAUGACCAUCUUGUCCAAUCAUAGUUUCUACCUCCCUUCCCUGUCGCUGUAUUUUGGGGAACUUUUUGUUGGGAAUGCUUUAAUUUCUGUGUUUUCCAAGACAGUAAGAAAGGGGACGUCAGCUUGAGGAAAAUUGCAGAGAUUUGGUAAUUGUAAAGGGAAAUGGGGUAAAUGGUAAUGAGAUUUUGAAAGUUCAGAAGAGAGAGAGUUAUGAUGACAGAGAGGGAGUGGGGGAGAGAGAGAGAGGAUUGUAAAGAAAAACGAGGAAGUGUUGUGUCAGGUAAGAUUUCAGACAGUUCUGGUUUUCGUAUACUACAAGAUUUCUAGAUCUGGAAAAA